AUGACAGACACGAAGGCGAUCAUUGCCACCGCCACGGUGCUGUACGGCAAGAUCUCGCGCGCGUUCGAGAACCUGCGGAAGCUCGGCGAGGCCAAUAUGACCCUCGGCGCGGUGGAGGCCCGGCUUCAAAAUCUCGAGAAGCUAUGGGAUAAAUUCGACGCUCUUAAUGAUACGUUAGCCGAUCGGGUUGACGAAAUAAAGCAUGAGGUCUACGCUAAACAGGACAUCCCGUCCUCAGGCGAGGAAGCUUACCUGCUAAACAAGGACCUCAUGCUCGAUCUGAAGAGCGCUCUCCAGCUGCAGCUACAGGCAGCCAGCUCUACCGCGGCCGCGACAACUAGUCCCGCUCCUCGGACAGCGCUGCCAAAAAUCCAACCGCCUACCUUCGCCGGGAAAUACGAGGAUUGGCCUUCAUUCCGGGAUCUGUUCCAAUCCCUCAUCGGCCGGAAUCAGGCAGCAAAACCUGUGGAGAAGUUACACUACUUAAAACUUUGUGUGAAGGGUGACGCCGAUCUGCUGAUUCGUAACCUCAGCACCACAGAAGACAACUAUGAAAUCGCCUGGAAAACUCUAAGCGAUUAUUACGAGAACAAAAGAUUGCUGACUCGUAAUUAUCUGAAUAAUUUCUUAGCGUUGACCAAGAUGAAAAGCGAAUCCGCCGCUGAAUUGAGGAGGCUUUUCCAUGGAGUAAAAACAACUGUCAGCUCCCUGAAGAGCAUAGACCGACCGAUAGACCGCACGGAGGAUCUCUUCGUCCACCUCGUCGUAGAGCUCCUCGACAGCCGCUCUAGGCGAGAAUGGGAGAGUGAUAUAAGUCACACCACGAGUCCGCCAAGCUACGCCUCGCUUGAGGCCUUCAUAGAACGUCGGCUCCAUACGUUGGAGGCGCUGUUUCCGGCCAGGAACGACAGCAGCAGCUCCAGCACUACGAAAUCAACGAGGAGCCACCACGUCAAAGGCCAAGAUCCAAAAGAGAAGUCCAGAAGCCGGUGCUCCAUCUGCCAGGGGGACCACUUUGUUAUGUUCUGCGGCGACUAUAAGGAUAAGACGGCGAUGGCGCGUAAGCAGCUCGUCCGUGAGCAUAAGCUCUGCUCAAACUGCCUUGGCCGGCAUCAAUCUUCCGAGUGCUCUUCGAAGAAGACGUGUACAGCGUGUGGCAGUCGACAUCACUCCUCGCUUCACGAUGCAUUCCGGGAAGCCGAGGCCGCCACGACGUUUCACGUGGCUCAAGGCGCAGACUCUUCCUCCGCAACGGUGCUGCUCGCUACGGCUAGGGUCCGCGUCCUCGACUGCCACGGAAGCUGGCAGUCCGCUCGCGCUCUGAUCGACCAGGGCUCCGAAUCCUCCAUCAUUUCGGAGCGAUUAGCGCAGCGCUUACGACUCCCUAGAAGAGCAGCCGCCGUUAGUGUCUAUGGAGUCGGAGAGAAAAGGACCGGAGUGACAAAGGGGAAAAUGAGACUCACCCUGCAGUCGCGCAGAGGGGAAUCGCCCACCUUCGUCAACGCUUUAGUGCUGCCGAAGUUGACGCUGUUUUCCGGAGGAUGCCGCAGCAGUAGACGAACCUGGACCCAUCUGGAGGACCUGGAGCUCGCCGAUCCGGAAUUCUGCUCCUCGGACCCCGUCGACAUCCUACUGGGAGCCGACGUAUAUGGGACCAUCAUCCGUCAGGGUCUACGAAAAGGAGGUUCUAAGGAUCCAGUAGCUCAACAAACCUCGUUGGGCUGGAUUCUCUCAGGUACAGUUAGCUCGACGGCGCCCAGCCAACACAUCUCCGCUCAUCACUGCCAAAUCGAGGAGGACAUCACCUGCUUGGUGCGGCGGUUCUGGGAGCAGGAGGAAGUCCACCGGCCAUCUCCGACCCUCACCAAGGCGGAACUAGAGUGCGAGGAGCACUACCGCCGUCAUCACUCGCGCUCUCCUGACGGCAGGUACAUAGUGCGGCUGCCAACGAUCGAGCCUCUCCCGGAUCUGUCUGGGACUCGUCGCGCCGCCAGUCGUGCUCUGCAACAGACGGAGAAAAGGUUAGAGAAAGAUGCCGACUUUAAGGACAUGUACGUAGAGUUCAUGCAAAAGUACAAGGAACUGCGACAUAUGAUGCUUGCACCAGCGCCAGCUGAGCCACAACGAGGUACCUGUUACCUGCCGCAUCACGGGGUCCUGCGUCCGGACAGCACUUCCACUAAGCUGAGGGUCGUGUUCAACGGCUCGAGCUCCUUGCCGAACGGGGACUCUCUCAACCAAUUUCUUCUGACUGGACCGAAUCUGCUUCCUGCGCUGGCUGACAUCCUGCUGCGUUGGCGACGCCACAGAUACGUCUUCGCUGCCGAUAUCGAAAAGAUGUAUCGGCAGAUCCUAGUGCAUCCGGACGAUCGAAGCCUGCAGCGAAUCCUGUGGAGAGACGACUCUAAGAACGACGUCCAGGAGUUCUGGCUAUGCACGGUCACUUACGGGCUCUCAUGCGCCCCGUAUCUGGCCAUCCGUACCUUACGCCAACUCGCCGAGGACGAAGAGCAUCGCUUUCCGAAAGGCGCCGACAUCCUGCGGAGCGAUGUCUACAUGGAUGACAUCCUGUCCGGUGCCGAGAAUCAAGAGGAAGCAGAAUCUAUGGUGAGGCAGCUGACAAAUAUAUGCACGGCGGGCGGGUUCACACUAAAAAAGUGGUCUACAAACGCCUCCUACCUGCUGAGCCUCGUGGAACCGGACGCGCGCCUGCAACAAGAGGCCAGAUGGUGGCUGCCCGGCGAGAGUCAUUCCACUCUCGGCCUUCGAUGGCAACCGUGCGACGACCGCUUCGCCUUCGCCACCCACCGGAUCACUCUCUCAGCGGUCACCAAAAGGUCGGUCCUUUCUUUGACGGCCAAAUUAUUCGAUCCACUCGGCUGGCUGUCUCCAACGACUGUGCUGGCCAAAAUCAACAUCCAGGCUACCUGGCUACUAGGUCUCGACUGGGACGCGUCUCUGCCAAGCGAGGAAGCCAGAAAAUGGCUGCGAUUCCAGGAGGAGCUAGCGGCAUUGGAGAAACUAGUCGUGCCUUGUUGGUUAGGAGCCCUAGCUGACUCCCAUCAAGAGGUUCACGGAUUUGCCGAUGCCUCCGAACAAAAGGCGCCUCUCCAUCUGUGGUCGGAUUCCACCGUGACUCUCGGCUGGAUCCGGGGCCACCCUUCGUCCUGGGUCACUUACGUCGCUAAUCGGGUGAGUGAGAUCCAGACGCUGACUCCGGACGCCCACUGGCACCACGUCCCCGGCCGAGAGAAUCCCGCGGACUGCGCGUCACGAGGACUCUACCCCAGCGAGCUUGUGGACCAUUCACUAUGGUGGCAAGGUCCGUCGUGGCUGUCCUCCGAGAGCCAACCGUGGACGAUCAACUGCGAGGAGCCACCAGAGGAUGACCUCCCAGAGAGGCGCGUCCGCGCCCACGUCGCCGCCAUCGCCGAACAAAGGACUGAGCCGGAGAUGCUUCUUCGAUACUCGUCGCUACAACGCCUGCUCCGGAUCACUGCGUGGUGCCGUCGCUGGCUGCGGAUCCAUCGUCAGGACCACCUCGCGCAUGGCCAGCCCGGCUUGAACAGCGCCGACGAGAUCGAGGACUCCCGGAUCUCCUGGUUAAAAAUCAUCCAGGCUGAAACAUACAAAGAAGAACUGAGACACCUGAAGAAUGGAAAGCCUCUGCCGACUCGAAGCUCCCUACUGAAGCUAAGUCCUUUUCUGGACAGUGAGGGACUCCUACGCGUCGGCGGGCGCCUUAAACACGCUGCACUGCAGUAUGAUGCCACGCAUCCAACCAUACUACCAAGCAGAUCUAAUUUUACUUGCCUCAUCAUCGACGACUACCACAAGCGGACGCUGCACGGCGGCACCCUGUUGACCUUGUGCUCUCUUCGCCAGGAGUAUUGGGUCCCUCGAGGUCGCGCUCUAGUGAAGAGCCGCAUCAGCCGGUGUCUAAGGUGCACCAGAUGGCGGGCUGCCAUCCCUCAGCCACUGAUGGGGGACCUCCCGGCACCACGAGUUACUCCAGGCCGGCCGUUUCUGCAUACCGGCGUAGACUACGCCGGACCGAUUUGGAUGCGAACAGCAGGGGGCCGCGGACUCAAGGCGACAAAAGGUUUUAUUGUUGUCUUUAUUUGUUUAGCUUCCCGAGCAGUCCACCUCGACGCGGCCUCGGACUACACCGCUGACGCCUUCCUUGCCGCCUUGCGUCGGUUCGUCGCCAGGCGAGGAGUCUGCCACUCGCUAUAUAGCGACUGCGGCACCAACUUCGUGGGUGCCGAUAAGCAGCUUAGGCAACUAUUUUCCGCCGCCAGUGCCGACGGACAUCGCAUCGCAACCUUCGCCGCCCAGGAAAGAAUCCGGUGGCGGUUCAACCCGCCAGCUGCACCUAACUUCGGCGGUUUAUGGGAAGCUGCCGUGAAAGCGAUGAAGCACCACCUUCGGCGAGUCAUCGGUGACGCCACCCUCACCUACGAGGAGAUGACUACUCUCCUAGCCCAAAUUGAGGCCUGCCUCAAUUCCAGACCGCUGCAGCCGUUGUCUGACGAUCCGGAGGAUGUAGCCGCACUCACACCUGGUCACUUCCUGGUCGGCUCCGCUCUCUCGGCGAUCCCCGAACCGUCGCUCGAACGAGAGCCGUCGGCACGUCUCUCACGGUGGCAGCUCCUGCAAAACAUGAAGGACCAUUUCUGGUCUCGGUGGGUCAGCGAAUACUUACACACGCUGGCCCAUCGGCCGAAAUGGUCCCGAAUUAAUCAGGAGGCUCGCGUCGGUCGAAUCUGCCUCGUGCGAAACGAAAUAACACCACCAACACGGUGGCCGCUUGCGCGCAUUACACGACUGCAUCCAGGUUCCGACGCUGUCAGAAAAGAUUCGGAAGCUGCGAAACCAAGCGUGAAAACGAAUGCGAAGUCCGACGCCUUGGACGGUUCCAAUAACGCUGCCGUGACCAGCGUCCAGACAAUCGAGCCGCCGGACUUUACGACUCCCGCGGUUCUCCUCGCAACCGCGUGGGUGAACAUCCACACCGCUGAGGGCCGACGCUUUAAGGUUCGCGCGCUAUUGGAUCAGGGAUCCAAUUUUAGUUUUAUAUCGGAAUCUUUCUGUCAAACCAUACGGACCAGGCGACAAAGAACCGAUUUACAAAUCAAAGGAUUCGGGGAAACCUACACGGGUGCCGCAAAGUCGCGCGUGUCCUUGCGAAUGACUCCGUGCGCGAAAUCCGACCCGGUAUUUCCAAUCACAGUGUACGUGUUUCCGAAGAUCACGUCGUACGCGGCUUCGCGAGUUCGACCUGUCGAAUCGUGGCCUCACUUGAAGGGCCUUUCCCUCGCGGAUCCGGAUCCGUCGAGCAAACAUCAAAUUCACUUGCUUCUUGGAGCCGACGUUUAUGGCUCACUUUUGAUGCGCGACUUGAGGCAAGGUCCGCUCGGUACCCCCACAGCUCAACUAACCGCGCUCGGUUGGAUUAUUUCCGGUCCGACCAAAAAUAAACGGAAGGCUUCAAAAGAAGCCGGCCCAAAUUACAGCAAGAUCUACCUGCCGUGUUAUCGCGAUGGCGACGGUGGAGCUUCGUUUGUACGGCCGACAUCGCCAAGAUGUUUCGGCAAAUUCAAAUUCAUGAGCAAGAUUCAGACUACCAAAGAAUUCUUUGGCGUCCUCAAGCGGAAGCGCCCGUUCGACAUUUUCGCUUGUUAA